GCAAUUAACUGUAUGUGUCCGAAUCCGAUUCAGUUAAGACAUGAAUCUUGAUGGUCCGAAUCGAUCUCAAUCUCUCGCCAAAGCUUACUUGACAAACAAGACACGUAAAACAACAACAAUAGGUCCCCUUAGAUCAACAGUGUUUCGCGUCUCUUCACCUUCACAGACUCUCUCUCUCACUCUCUCUCUCAAUGGGGAAGGAAGACGGGUUCAAGACUCAAAAGCGCAUCUCAACCUCUGCUUCCGCCGGCGUUCUCCCGACGACGAUGGCCACUCCCUCGGGAGGAAGAAAACCGCCUCCGCGUGGCAAACAGAUCAAGAAAACGUUCAACAACGUGAAGAUGACCAUCCUCUGCGGCCUCGUCACAAUCCUCGUCCUCCGCGGCACCAUCGGCGUCAACUUCGGAACAUCCGACGCCGACGCCGUCAACCAGAACCUAAUCGAGGAAACCAACCGCCUCCUAGCCGAGAUCAGAUCCGACUCCGAUCCCACCGACGCCAACGAGCCUCCCGGCUCGGAUCUCGAUCUCAACGCGACGUACACUCUCGGACCCAAGGUCACCGACUGGGACCACCAACGAGCCACGUGGCUAACUCGAAACCCGGACUUCCCCAGCUCCGUCGGCGGUAAACCUAGAGUCUUGCUCCUCACGGGAUCGCCGCCGAAGCCCUGCGACAAUCCCAUCGGUGAUCAUUACCUCUUGAAGUCGGUGAAGAACAAGGUCGAUUACUGUCGGAUCCACGGGAUCGAGAUUGUUUACAACAUGGCUCAUUUGGACAAGGAGCUCGCUGGUUACUGGGCGAAGCUCCCGAUGCUAAGGAGGUUGAUGCUGUCUCACCCUGAGAUCGAGUGGAUUUGGUGGAUGGACAGUGACGCUUUGUUUACGGACAUGGUGUUCGAGAUACCUUUGUCUAAGUACGAGAAUCAUAACUUGGUUAUUCACGGGUAUCCGGAUCUGCUCUACGACCAGAAGUCUUGGAUUGCUUUGAACACCGGUAGCUUCUUGUUUAGGAACUGUCAAUGGUCUUUGGAUCUGCUUGAUGCUUGGGCUCCUAUGGGACCAAAAGGACCGAUCAGGGAAGAAGCCGGGAAGGUGCUUACCGCGUAUCUCAAGGGAAGGCCGGCUUUCGAGGCUGAUGAUCAGUCUGCGUUGAUCUAUCUGCUGCUUUCGGAGAAGGACACGUGGAUGGGGAAAGUGUUUGUGGAGAAUCAGUACUAUCUUCAUGGGUUUUGGGAAGGGUUGGUGGAUAGGUAUGAGGAGAUGAUGGACAAGUAUCAUCCUGGGUUGGGAGACGAGAGGUGGCCGUUUGUGACUCACUUUGUGGGAUGCAAACCUUGUGGGAGUUAUGCGGAUUACGCGGUUGAACGCUGCUUGAAGAGUAUGGAGAGAGCUUAUAACUUUGCGGAUAAUCAAGUGCUGAAGCUAUAUGGUUUUGGUCAUAGGGGAUUGUUAAGUCCUAAGAUCAAGAGGAUCAGGAAUGAGACAAUAACUCCGUUGAAGUUUGUAAACAGGUUUGAUAUUCGGAGAGCAACACCGCUAAAGAUUGAAGCCCGGAGCUAGCAGCCUUUGGUAAAUCUCAAUCAGUUCCUUAGCUGAAGAAAAUGCUAAAUAUGAUUUGAUUAUAACUCUCCAUUGUUUCAAAGCUCAGUUUUGUUAUAUUUUUCCCCAAUAUAUGUAACCAGUAGAUUCUUUUUUUUUUUUUUGACAUCAAGAUUCUUUUGUUAAAGUUGAACAUAGGAUGGAACAUAUCAAUUUUUUUCAUGGAGUAACUCUGGACUCGUAUGUUUUGGCCAGAACAGAGAAAUCCUAUAGUGAUAAAUGAUACCAUCUCCUUGUGUUGUUUUA